CAGUCAGCAGCAAGGGAACAUGGAAGUCACAGCACUGUGCAUCAGACUGUUGGUGAAUGGACUGUUGCUGCUCACUGCUCAAGCUCAGAGCAGUUACUAUAUUCAGAAAGCUGAUGCAGUUUUUCCUCGUAUUGAUCCAAACAGACUGCAGUUCUUUGAAUAUGAAUCCAUCUCAUUUUAUUGUGAGGGGUUUCACGGUCCAACGGAAUGGAGAGUGAUGAAAAAGAUUCCCUCGAAUACUACUCAAUGGGCUACAUCGAAAGGGUUCUUGAACAUUAAAGUAGCCUUUGAAUCACACAGUGGAGAAUACUGGUGUGAAAAUGGAGAGGGAGAGAGAAGCAACAGCGUUAACAUCACGGUUACUGCUGGUGAUGUGAUCCUGGAGUGUCCUGCUGUCCCUGUGAUGGAACAACAGACUAUUACUCUGCGCUGUAGAAAAAAGGUGACAUCCGACAGCCUCGCAGCCGAUUUCUACAAAGAUGGCCACUUCAGUGAGACUGGAUACACAAGCCAGAUAACCAUUCACAAUGUUUCCAAGUCCAAUGAAGGACUUUACAAGUGCAAAAUCAGUGGAUUUCGAAGAGCAUCACCAGAGAGUAGGCUGGCUGUCACAGAGACAACACCUCAAGUGUUGCUGUCGGUGGUGGGACUACUUUGCUGUCGGAAACAUAGAGUUGCAUGCUUUUCCUCUGAGAUGCCAACAACAGGAUCAGACCCAGUUUGUGAACAUGCCAAUGUAGCUGAACCACAUUGUCAAAUAUAUGCUAAUGUGCCAGAACACCGGACAAAAAGAGGUCGCCGAGAGCCAAAACACUGAAUACUGGCUGAAGGAUGGAGGAGAGGCUCUGUUAAAGCUCGGUUGUGUGUGCAGGAUCAACCCAGUCUCACGGCAGUUCGUGUAAA